CUCACAGAAAGAAAUCUCUGCCGCUUUUACAUGGCCGUCGUCUCCAAGAAAGCCCUAACCCUAACCCUAGCUCGUCACUUCUCAACCCUAACCUCAAACCCGAUAACCUUAACCCCGAAACUCAUCGACCCAGCUCCAAGUCCAAACCCAAACGCAAUCCUCGACCUCUCAAACACCGAACCAAUCUUCUCCUCCAUUUCAACCCGAUCGCUGAUCCGGUCCCUGGCAAUUCUCCAAACCCUAUCGAUCGAACCUCUGGUAGAUGUCGGGAUCAGAACAGUCCGCUCGCAGGUGGUUCAAUCAAGCUGGUUGGCGAAUAAGGCCCUAAUGGGUGUGGUUAAGGGGACGGUUUACGGGCAUUUUUGCGCCGGGUCGGGUUUGGAUGAAGUGGGCAGAACCGUUAAGGAGUUGGAGGGGAUGGGGUUGAAGGGGAUAUUGGAUUAUGGGUCUGAGGAUGCCGAGGAUGGGAGUGGGUGCGAUAGGAAUUUGAGUGGGUUUUUGGAGAUGGUCGAGAUGAUGUCAUCGUUGCCACGGUCAGCGGUGAGCUCGGCCUGCGUAAAAGUCACAGCAAUUUGCCCGAUCUCCCUCCUCGAACGCAUCAGCGAUCUCCUCCGGUGGCAACAAAAAGACCCAUCGCUGACCCUCCCAUGGAAAUCACAUUCAAUCCCCGUCCUCUCGGACUCAAGCCCCCUCUACCAAACCCCGACGAAGCCCUUACCCUUGACAGAAACAGAGGAGUUGAACCUCCAACAAUCUCUUAACAGGCUCUCAACCCUCUGCAGCCGCUGCGCCGAGCUCAACCUCUCGAUCCUAAUCGACGCGGAGUACUCCACGGUGCAACCCGCAAUCGACUACUUCACGUACUCUGCAGCUCUGGAAUUCAACAAGAAGCCAAAGUCUGAGAGCGCGAUGGUGUUGGGCACGGUGCAGUGUUAUUUGAGGGACGCGAAGGAGAGGCUGGCGGGUAUUGUGGAGGCAGCAGAGAGGGAGGGGUUUGUGGUGGGUGUAAAGCUGGUGAGGGGGGCGUACACGAGGGAGAGGGAGAUGGCGGCCGCGUUGGGGGUUGAGUCACCGAUACAUGGGAGCAUCGGGGAGACCCAUAGGUGCUACGAUGAAUGCGCGUCGUUUAUGCUGGAGAGGAUUGCUGGAGGUUCAGUGUCGCUGGUGCUGGCGACGCACAAUGUCGAAUCAGGAAAGGCGGCAGCCGCGAAGGCAGAGGAGCUCGGAAUAUCGAAAGGGAACCGAAACUUGCAGUUCGCUCAGCUCAUGGGAAUGGCUGAUGGACUGUCCUUAGGGCUUAAAAACACAGGUUUCCAAGUGAACAAGUACCUCCCCUACGGUACUGUGGAUCAAGUCAUCCCUUACCUCCUUCGUCGCGCGGAGGAGAACAGGGGCAUGCUCUCCGCGUCGACUCUCGAUAGGGACAUACUAAGGAAGGAGAUCAGGAGAAGGAUGAGUGCUGCUGUUCUUGGAAAGAAUUAGAGAAUAAAGAAGGAUGCGAGGCACUUAAAUUGUACAUGUUUUAGCUCGUACGACCAACGUGCAUGCGUCUUGUAAUUGGUUGAACUGGGGAAGGUGUAAAUAAAUAAAAGAAAGAGAACUUGCUGCAUCGCUCUUGUUUCUCUUUUUU